AUGAAAUUAAAAUCAAAUUUAUUUGGUAUAUUUAGUAAUAUAGAUAAGUCAAAGUAUAUAAAAUGCUACACUAGUCUACCAACUUUCCAUGAUAAUGAAAUUGAAGAUGAUUUUGAAAAAAUUAUUGAUAUGAUAGACAAGGAAAAAUUUGGUCCUUCAGAUGAAACAGAUCCUCCAGGUUGGGAAUCGGAUACCAGAUAUGAAAAAGAAAUACGCAUUGGUAAAGUGAAGAAAGGAGGAAAAUUGGGACCAGGUAAACGUAUAGAGCGUGUAAUAUUAAAGAAGAAGAAACCUUUCGGUAAAAAUGAUUCUAGACCAGGUGAUAUUUUUAUAUUGUUCGUAGUGUUUUGUUUAAAUCUAUGA